AUGGAACCGUCUGGUGUGCCAUUGCUCUUCCCAUUUUUGUCAGAAAAUCUCCGUUCUCUUGGCUAUUCAACGUAUCUCGUGGGUAAAUGGCACCUUGGCUAUUGUCGGAAAGAGUUUUUGCCCACAUCACGAGGUUUCGAUUAUUUCUACGGGUUUUAUGGACCUCAAGCUGGAUACUUCAAUCAUAGUUCAGAUCAGUGGCACCGUGAUUUGAAACGGGUUGUUGGAGGAGUCGAUCUGUUCGAAGAACUCGGUGGUGGAAUCAGCAAUCCUAUCUUCGAACAGAAUGGUGUCUAUUCCACAGUGAGAUGGAGUUCCUUUCAUUUUUUAUGGCUAUCAUUAUAUUGGAACUCGAAGUGA